AUGUCAAUCCCUCCAGCGGCACUUGUCUUUGAAUCGGGGAUCAACACCAUGCCUAGCAAUUCUAUGGAGCCUAAUUCUCUGGACACCCUAGUCCGGCGCCAGUUGGAGGCAGCUUCAAGAGAGUUGGCAUCAAGGGCGAAAUUCACCACUGUUGAUUCGUCGCCCGAACAGCGCCAGAAUAUCAUCAACGAUGUCGGAGAAUAUCUUGCUCAAACUGCACAGAUGUGGCUUUCUUUGACGGAUAGACUGGUCCAAGGACCGCAUGUGACGCUAGCUGCGGAAGAAGCACACGAGCAGUCUUACAAUAAGACUCACAUGGCGGAUCUACAGCCUAUUGCGACUAUGGAUAUGAACAUCAGCAAGCUUGGCAAGAUCCGCGAUCUCGCAGAAAGGUUCUCUGCAGACGUUCAAGAAGUCUGGCGGCGUACACCUGAGCCUGGAGUAGUGGUAUCGGCACCUACUUACCAGACCGCCUCUUCAUUCCAUACUAUCAAGUCCGAGCCCGUUAGCUGGCCACAGCCGUCUUUUGCAGGAAGUGAUGUAGAUGCCGGAACCCGAGGUGGCCAAAGAACUUUGCUAGCAUCUCAGAGCACCGAUGACAUGCAAUCGCCUGGCGGGAACGGGUCCGCUUCAGAUGAUUCAGGGGAAGACGAGGAUGAACAAUUCAGCAAAAUCGACAUGGACGCUCUCAAACAAAGGGGGAAAGGUUCUUAUUACUGUCCUUUAGGGCAUCGAUGUGAUAAGGGCGGUGUUGACAAGGAAGGAAAGCUGGUGCUUUUUGAUCGAAACUCAUCUUUCGCACAACACUGCAAUAAGCAUCGGAAACCUUGGCGAUGCGACGUCCCUGGAUGCCCAAACCCUCCCAAGAAACGAAAAUUCGCUCGCAGAGAUGGACUUGAAAGGCAUAAGUUAACGGUCAAGCAUCGCGUCAUUACAUCUUGA